AUGUGCGCUGACAUCAAUACGACGACCGCGCUUGAUCUCGAUGACGAGCCGUACGAGUCAGCUGAGGAUGAAGACUUUCAGCUCGACGCAGCGCAAGACGAGUCCGAAUUGUCCUCCGACGACGAGGACUCCAACGAGCCGGCGAAAAAGAAACGCAGGACUGAGAAAAGCCAGGAUGUUGUGGACGCAGAGCUAGACUCUGGCGAUGAGAUUACGAUACAGAAAGCCCGGGAAGGGGGUGGUCAACCGGGGAAGACGAGGGUCAAUGACCAGGAAUAUGAGGUCGGUGAGGAUGAAGAGACAGGGACAUGGGGGUUUGUACGGACUCGCGCGAUGAAGAAGCACAUACAGGAAGAAGAACGAAAACCCCUCGCCCGAAUUGACGGCGCAACAGUUGACGUCGACGCCCUCUGGGCGCAAAUGAAUACUCUCGAUAAUCAAGCGGGCGUCAGCCAGCCGUCGGAGGAUCAAAAAGAAGAGACAGCGCCAGCAGCGAUUCCUUCAGGGCGCCACACUCGUGCACCAUCCAAGGAGCAAAUGGUCAAGAUCAGACGAACUUACAAGUUCGCGGGUGAAAUGAUUACCGAGGAAAAGGUUGUGCGCAAAGACUCGGCUGAAGCCAAAGCAUUCCUUUCUGGAGAAAAUGCGGAAUUCACCGAGGUCCUUGACGGAGAUAGGGCAAAGGGCAUGCGCGAUCUUCGCCGACCUUUGAGAAAGUUCUCGAGAUUCGACCCUAAUCCGCCCGACACGAUCAAGAAGAGCUGGGAAAGACAAGCAAUCACAGACGCAACUGCGGAUGCCACCGGUCCCAAGAUCAAUACAGUGGAAAAGUCGCGACUCGACUGGGCGCAGUAUGUGGACAAGGCGGGCAUCAAAGACGAACUGCGUACCCACAGCAAGGCCAAGGAGGGUUAUAUUGGCCGUAUGGACUUUUUGGGUCGUGUGGAAACAAAACGAGACGAGGAGGCUCGUCAAGCUCGUCUGAGGGGGAGUUUGAAAAGGCCUGGGAUUUUUAAGCGAGCUAUAUGCCUGAGUCUCCAGGACAUGCCAACAAUCGCUUGA